AUGCCUGUGCCAGUGAAGGAGAUAAAAGAAGAAGAGUUUGAUGAUUUCCUUCAAGAGUAUCUGUCUACAGUUCAGAAGGAAAACCCUGGACCGGAUCUUGUUUGCAAGACUGAAACAAACAUGUCAGACAUCAUGGACAUUAAAGAGGAGGAAGAGGCUGAUGUAAGAGAGCAUGGUCAGAACGACUCUUCUCCUACUGAACUAGAGUCUGAAAUGUCAGGAUUUACUGGACCAACACUGCUGCCUGUGCCUGUGAAGGAGAUAAAAGAAGAAGAGUUUGAUGAUUUCCUUCAAGAGUAUCUGUCUACAGUUCAGAAGGAAAACCCUGGACCGGAUCUUGUGUGCAAGACUGAAACAAACAUGUCAGACAUCAUGGACAUUAAAGAGGAGGAAGAGGCUGAUGUAAGAGAGCAUGGUCAGAAAGACUCUUCUCCUACUGCAAAUCAUCAAGAAAUCAACACAGAUAAGAUGAGAUGUGCUGGGGAGAUGGAAGGUCAUCAUAGUAAACAUGGAAAGAGCUUUCAUAAGAGGAAUCACCUGAAGUCACACCAGACCAUCCACACAGGAGAACAGCCCACAGAACUAGAGUCUGAAAUGUCAGGAUUUACUGGACCUACACUGCUGCCUGUGCCAGUGAAGGAGAUAAAAGAAGAUGAGUUUGAUGAUUUCCUUCAAGAGUAUCUGUCUACAGUUCAGAAGGAAAACCCUGGAGCGGAUCAUGUGUGCAAGACUGAAACAAACAUGUCAGACAUCAUGGACAUUAAAGAGGAGGAAGAGGCUGAUGUAAGAGAGCAUGGUCAGAAAGACUCUUCUCCUACUGAACUAGAGUCUGAAAUGUCAGGAUUUACUGGACCAACACUGCUGCCUGUGCCUGUGAAGGAGAUAAAAGAAGAAGAGUUUGAUGAUUUCCUUCAAGAGUAUCUGUCUACAGUUCAGAAGGAAAACCCUGGACCGGAUCUUGUGUGCAAGACUGAAACAAACAUGUCAGACAUCAUGGACAUUAAAGAGGAGGAAGAGGCUGAUGUAAGAGAGCAUGGUCAGAAAGACUCUUCUCCUACUGCAAAUCAUCAAGAAAUCAACACAGAUAAGAUGAGAUGUGCUGGGGAGAUGGAAGGUCAUCAUAGUAAACAUGGAAAGAGCUUUCAUAAGAGGAAUCACCUGAAGUCACACCAGACCAUCCACACAGGAGAACAGCCCACAGAACUAGAGUCUGAAAUGUCAGGAUUUACUGGACCUACACUGCUGCCUGUGCCAGUGAAGGAGAUAAAAGAAGAAGAGUCUGAUGAUUUCCUUCAAGAGUAUCUGUCUACAGUUCAGAAGGACAACCCUGGAGCGGAUCAUGUGUGCAAGUCUGAAACAAACAUGUCAGACAUCAUGGACAUUAAAGAGGAGGAAGAGGCUGGUGUAAGAGAGCAUGGUCAGAACGACUCUUCUCCUACUGGUAAGAUACUCAUUAGUGUAGUAAAGGAGAUAAAAGAAGAAGAGUUUGAUGAUUUCCUUCAAGAGUAUCUGUCUACAGUUCAGAAGGACAACCCUGGAGCGGAUCAUGUGUGCAAGACUGAAACAAACAUGUCAGACAUCAUGGACAUUAAAGAGGAGGAAGAGGCUGAUGUAAGAGAGCGUGGUCAGACAGACUCUUCUCCUACUGCAAAUCAUCAAGAAAUCAACACAGAUGAGAUGAGAUGUGCUGGGGAGAUGGAAGGUCAUCAUAGUAAACAUGGAAAGAGCUUUCAUAAGAGGAAUCACCUGAAGUCACACCAGACCAUCCACACAGGAGAAAAGCCAUAUCAGUGCACUACAUGUGGGAAGAGUUUCAAGACAAAGGCGAAGGUCACCAUCCAUCAGCGCACACAUACUGGAGAAAAGCCAUAUCAGUGUACUUACUGUGGAAAGACUUUUCGACAAACAUCUGUCCUCAAGAAACACCAGAGGAUCCAUACUGGGGAAAAGCCAUAUCAGUGUACUUACUGUGGAAAGACUUUUCGACAAACAAGUGUCCUCAAGAGACACCAGAGGAUCCAUACUGGUGAAGAGCCAUAUCAGUGUACUACAUGUGGGAAGAGAUUCAGGGAGAGCAGUUCUCUUACUAAACAUCAGCGCACACAUACAGGAGAAAAGCCAUAUCAGUGCACUGACUGCGGAAAGAGUUUUAGUCAAAUGAGCAGUCUCAAGGCACACCAGAGUAUCCACACAGGAGAAAAGCCAUAUCAGUGCACUGCAUGUGGGAAACGUUUCAGGACUAAGAUAAAGGUCACCUUUCAUCAGCACACACAUACAGAAGAAAAGCCAUAUCAGUGCACUGACUGCGGAAAGGGUUUUAGUCAAAUGAGCAGUCUCAAGGCACACCAGAGUAUCCAUACAGGAAAAAAGCCAUAUCAGUGCACUGCAUGUGGGAAAAGUUUCAGGACUAAGAGAGAGGUGACCAUCCAUCAGCGCACACAUACAGGAGAAAAGCCAUAUCAGUGCACUGACUGUGGGAAGGGUUUUACUCAAAUGAGCAGUCUCAAGAGACACCAGAGUAUUCAUACUGGAGAAAAGCCAUAUCAGUGCACUACAUGUGGAAAAAGUUUCAGGACUAAGAGAGAUGUCACUGUCCAUCAGCGCACACAUACAGGAGAAAAGCCAUAUCAAUGCACUGACUGCGGAAAGGGUUUUAGUCAAAUGAGCCAUCUCAAGAGACACCAGAUGAUCCAUAACACAGAACUAGAGUCUGAAAUGUCAGGAUUUACUGGACCAACACUGCUGCCUGUGCCAGUGAAGGAGAUAAAAGAAGAAGAGUUUGAUGAUUUCCUUCUAGAGUAUCUGUCUACAGUUCAGAAGGAAAACCCUGGACCGGAUCAUGUGUGCAAGACUGAAACAAACAUGUCAGACAUCAUGGACAUUAAAGAGGAGGAAGAGGCUGAUGUAAGAGAGCAUGGUCAGAAAGACUCUUCUCCUACUGAAAUCAACACAGAUGGGAUGAGAUGUGCUGGGGAGAUGGAACAUCAUCGUAAUAAACAUGGAAAGAGCUUUCGUAAGAGGAAUCACCUGAAGGCACACCAGAUGAUCCACACAGGAGAAAAGCCGUAUCAGUGCAGUGUAUGUGGGAAGAGUUUCAGUGACAGUUUGGGUCUCUCCAUGCAUCAGUUGACACAUAAUGGAGAAAAACUCCUCCAAUGUCCUCUGUGUGGAAAGACUUUCAAUAGGAUGGGUCAUCUUGAGACUCACCAGAGGACCCAUACCGGCGAAAAGCCACAUCAGUGCACUGACUGUGGAAUAUCUUUUAGUCUUUUAUCUAGCCUCAAGAGACACCAGAGGAUCCAUACUGGGGAAAAGCCAUAUCAGUGCACUGACUGUGGGAAGACUUUUAGUCAAACAUGUAGCCUCAAGGCACACCAGAGGAUCCAUACUGGGGAAAAUCCAUAUCGGUGUACUACAUGUGGGAAGAGAUUCAGGGAGAACAGUAAUCUCAUUAAACAUCAGCUCACACAUACAGGAGAAAAGCCAUAUCGGUGUACUACAUGUGGGAAGAGUUUCAUGACAAAGGCGAAGGUCACCAUCCAUCAGCGCACACAUACAGGAGAAAAGCCAUAUCAGUGCACUGACUGUGGAAAGACUUUUAGUCAAAGAUGUAGCCUCAAGGCACACAAGAGGAUCCAUACUGGGGAAAAGCCAUAUCAGUGUGCUAAAUGUGGGAAGAGAUUUAGAGAGAGCAGUAAUUUCAUUAAACAUCAGCUCACACAUACAGGAGAAAAGCCAUAUCUGUGCACUGACUGUGGAAAGGGUUUCAGUCUAAUGAGCAGUCUCAAGAAACACCAGAUUGUCCACACAGGAGAAAAGCCAUAUCAGUGCACUGACUGUGGAAACACUUUUGGACGAAUGAGCAGUCUCAAGACACACCAGAUGAUCCACACAGGAGAAAGGCCGUAUCAGUGCACUGACUGCGGAAAGGGUUUCAGUCAAAUGGGCAGUCUCAAGACACACCAGAUGACCCACACAGGAGAAAAGCCGUAUCAGUGCACUGACUGUGGAAAGGCUUUUGGACAAAUGAGCCAUAUCAAGGCACACCGGAAUAUCCAUACAGGAGAAAAGCCAUAUCAGUGCAUUGACUGCGGAAAGGGUUUCAGGACUAAGAAAGAGGUCACCAUCCAUCAGCGCACACAUACAGGAGAAAAGCCAUAUCAGUGCACUACAUGUGGGAAAAGUUUUAGUCAUAGCAAAAAUCUCAAGAGACACCAGAUGAUCCAUAAAUCUUAG